UCCAGAUAUUGGGGAGAUUCCUCUGUUUAGUGAAUGUUCUGAAUAUAAAAUGAACUCUGUUCCACCUCAUCCUGUAUAGUCUCCGUACCAUUUGAGUUAGGCUGGCUUGAAUCAUUUGAGUAGAUCCAACUCUGAGGGAAAGACUAUCUAAAUAUAGGGAACUGAAAUGUUAGUUUCAACUGCAGAUUAUUCCCCAAUCCCCCUGUGAUGUUAUUUGGUGUUUUUAUGAGAAAUAUAUCCAGAUAUUGACUAUUGAUCUAAGGUAGGAGAAAUGACAGAGAUGGUCUAUAAUAUUGUAACAGGCUUUGGAAAUGACCAUCCCUUCCUGCUCACAUACAGCUGAGCAUCAUGGGAGUCCCUAUGUUUACCGUGUCUCUGGAGGACCUGGUCGUGGCCGAGGCACUGUCUCCCCCAGCAUGCCAGGACGUCAGGUUCGCUCCACCCAGCCCACCGUACCUCCCGAGACCCUCAUCAUACCAGCCCACAGCACGAGGGUCAACCUCAGCCAGGACGACAUCAAGAAGCUGAGGUUCAAGCCCACGGUGGGAUCGGUGCACCUAUCAGAGGGGCACGACGCCAAGUUCAACUGUUCCAUCGAGGUCCCUGACAGCCACCUGGACCUCACCGUGCUGUGGUGGAAGAACACCAUGGAGCUGGCUGAAAACCUGCAGGUGGUCAUCAACGAAUUACAGGCCGUCACACACGGGGUCACGACCCUGCUGUCCACUGUCAGCGUAACUCGUGUGCAAAGAGCUGACGCUGGGGAUUACCGUGUGGACUGAGAGUCCAUGACAUAGAGAUAGAGUCCCAGCCUAUCAGCAUUCAGGUCGAAGGUGUGGACAAGUAUACCCAGUUCAACUGUGAGGCACGCAACAAGAAAGGUGUCACAACUUCCAGGGAGGCUAACAUCAACAUUAAAGUCAUUCCAGCCCUUGUCUCUGAGGUCACAGUGAUAAAACAUGAAUCUAACAAACUAGUUCUGAGUUGGACCCCUGGACACGAUGGAUUCUCCCCACUCACUACCUGCCAGAUCAGAGUGAAAGAGGUUAGCCAGAGGAGAGGAGAGGUUAGGCUGGCUCGGAUCAUCAACACUACAGCUCCUCCUUUCCAGUGUGAUGUCCCGGGGUUACAGGCCAUGACCUGGUAUAACAUUAGUGUCUCCUGUAGCAAUGAGCUCGGCCAAUCGCCAGUCAGGACCUGGGUCCAGAGCAACUCUACAGAAGGAGUACCGUCAGUCUACCCCCACAACGUGACUGUUCAGCUCAACGAGUCAAUGCUGGUGAUCCAAUGGAACGCCCCGCCUCUGGACAGGGUCAACGGAAU